AUGGAACAGGCUGUGGACACUUUGAUAGCCCUACCACUGCUGAAACGGUAUAUGCCAGGUCUGGAUGAACAGGCGGGAAAGAAACUUUUUUGUCAGCACCUACAGAAGUAUAUCAACAUAUACAAGUCGGAUUGCGUGUUUGAAAUCAUUUACACGAAUCGCUAUAUCCGCCCAUAUGAAGCCACCGUACGCGCACGUCGGUCGAUUACAGCGCAGCAGACCAUUCCAUACCUGACCGGAACCUAUGUCAGUAUGACUGAUGAACAGGAGAAGAAUCUUCGUCGGAUCGGCAAAGAUUUCAGCGUAGUCGAAUCGAGCAACAAAAAGAGACUCUCGGUUUUCCUAGGACCAGCUCGCUUCAUCAAUCAUGACUGCAAGCCAAAUGCCCAUCUAGUGGUCGGUGCCAAUCGGCAGAUGUCCGUGGUCGCAAACCGUUAUAUCCCGAAGGACACAGAAAUUACGAUUUACCGAGCCAUUGACCAUGUUUGA